AUGGCUACUGUGGAAAAACUCCAAGAGGAAGCUUCUUGUUCCAUCUGUUUGGAGUAUUUCCAAGACCCGGUGUCUAUACACUGCGGGCACAACUUCUGCCGAGCCUGCAUCACUCAGUGCUGGGCCGAACUGGCUACAAACUUCUCCUGCCCGCAGUGCAGACAGACCGCCCAGCAGAGAAACUUCAGGCUCAACAGGGAGCUGGCGAACAUGGUGGAGCUAGUGAAACAGCUGAAGUUGCCUCCAACAAAAGAGCCAGAAGCGGAGCAAGUGUGCGAGAAACACAGGGAGCCUCUGAAACUCUUCUGUGAGGAGGAACAACAAUUAAUCUGUUUGGUCUGCAGAGAGUCCUGGGCGCACGGAGCUCACGCUGUGGUUCCCAUAGAGGAGGCUGCCCAGAAGUACAAGGAGCAAGUCAAGGCUCGACUGCAGGCUCUGAGGGAAGAGAGAGAAAAACUCCUGGGAUUUAAACUGACUGGUGAGAGGAGGAGCUGGGAGUAUCUGGAAAAGAUCAAAAAGGAGAGGCAGAGAAUUGGGUUUGAAUUUCAGCAGCUCCGCCAGUUUCUGGAGGAACAAGAGCGCCUCCUGCUGGCCCGGCUGGAAGAGUUGGACAGGAUUAUGAAGUGGCAAAAGGAAACGGUCACCAGAUUUCCCAUGGAGAUUUCCCUUCUUAAUAGCCUGAUCAGUGAGCUGGAGGGGAAGUGCCAGCAGCCAGCAAGUGAUUUCCUGCAGGACAUCAGGAUCACCUUGAGCAGGUGCGAGAUGUUCCAGCAGCCCACAGGGAUUUCUCUUGAGCUGGAAAAGAGACUCAAUGAUUUCUCUCAAAAAACUAUUGCCUUAAAGGAGACCCUGCGGAAAUUCAAAGCGAAUGUGACUCUGGAUCCAGACACGGCUCAUCCCCAGCUUGUCCUAUCUGCGGAUGGGAAAGGCGUGAGACGGGGACACGAGCAGCAGGAUCUGCCCGACAAUCCCGAGCGAUUCGAUUCCGUUCUCUCCGUGCUGGGCCGUGACGGGUUCGCCUCGGGCAGACACUACUGGGAGGUGGAGGUGGGCGUUGGGGGAAUCUGGUCGGUGGGGGUGGCCAGGGAGUCUGUAAGGAGGAAGGGACGGAUGAGCAAUUACCCUGAGCAGGAGAUCUGGGCUGUGGGUCACUGGGGUGGUCAGUACCGGGCUUACACCGCCUGUGAGACCAUUCUACCCCUGCCUACGAUCCCCAGGAGAAUCCGGGUGGCUCUGGACUAUGAAGGGGGGCGGGUGGCAUUUUUUGAUGUUGACAACAAGUUCCUGAUCUUCAUUUUCCCACCGGCCUCUUUCACUGGGGAGAGACUCUUCCCUUUCUUUUUGGCGGGAUCCCCACUCCGGCUGUGUCCCUGA